UUUUCGGAACAACCCUACUUUUUGUGUUUAGGAAAACAUCCGUAUGAGGAGGCCCAAUGGGAGAGCGAGCUUAGAAGAAAUUUGGCCCAUUCAUGGUUGCUUCCAUGUUUAGCAAAGGAAUUUGCAGAGCAAAACAAAGUGAAGAACUUGAAGGAGGGAAACACAACUCCAUCUUCCUCCACCGCUGAGCCAAAUCCGCGCUCAACUCCCUUCUCAAUCCUUCAAUUCAUCUUCAUUCCCUGUCCAUCAAAUUCCCUCUUUCUUUCCCCCAUAACAUCCCCCCAUUCCUUUUAACCAAUUUCACACCUUUCAACUUCUCUUUCUUAAUUCCCAAUACCCCUUUGCUUCAUCUCUUUAGUUUCUAAUGCUAAUACCCAGAUUUCGACCUUCCUUAAUUCUUCAAAAUUCGUUCAUUGGGUCAACUUUUGCAGCUGCCCAUGUCGCCUCUUUCCAUUCCACGCCUACUUCCUGCGAAAAGUGGAAGAGCAAAUGGAAAUUUGAUGGUGGUGGACACGGAAAGGAGCCACCAAAGAGUUAUGUUAGAUACGUAACCCGUCAAAGGCGUUCUGAUGCAAAAAAGGCUCUAAAGAACCUCCUCUACAACAGUGGAUCUACCUUCCCGAAAAAGGAAUCAAAAUGGAGUCUUGGUGGUCACUGGCCAUCUGAUGAGUCAGAUCAAUCGAGUAACUGCAAUAAGAAAGGACGAGCGAAGUCUUCGACACAGAAAUUUGGUAAAUCCCAGCACAAGAGACCAAAACGUAAGUUUGGAAGAGAGAGUUUUUUUGCUAACGACUUCAAUAACGAUUACGAGACAACCUUUCAUGCCACAUUUGGCGAUAGAUCAUAUUCUUGGUCUUUUGGGUGGACAAACCCUCCAAACUGGAAGAACCAAAGAGCUAAAGAAUGGGAUAAUUUGAGUGAUUGCGAGUCUGAUGACGAGAAGACCCCUGAUGUAGGAUCAUGUUCAGAUAGAGCUAUCCUCGGUUUGCCACGAACAGGUCCUUUGAAGAUGGAAGAAGUUAAAACGGCUUUCCGCUUAUCUGCUUUAAAAUGGCAUCCUGAUAAGCAUCCAGGACCUUCCCAGGCAAUGGCUGAAGAGAAAUUCAAACUUUGUGUUAAUGCAUACAAUUCCUUGUGCAGUGCACUCUCUCCGGGUAAAACUUCAGCUAUGUUCUAAGGCAUUUUCUAACAACUUCAAAUCAUUACUUUUUGAUGAUAUAAUUUAUAUAGAGAGGUUAUAUAUAGUCUACAUUUCAAUCAAAAAUCCCUUCUCUAUAUGAGCUUUGUUGGGAGAAAUAGUGAAAAUAGGAGUGGAAUAAAUGGAUGCAUUUACUACAAUCUUCAAUUAUUUGUUGAAAGAAGGCAAUUCCUUCUUCAUUUUUCACUUAUAGAGCAAUCAUCCAUUGUAUUCUUUGAGGAUGUCCUUGAAGUUUAUGUAUCUCUUAUGUUUACAUCUUUAGUUUUGUAGCAAUUGUUCUACAUCUGAUGAUCAAUGAGAAAUAUUGUUUUUCAGCC